UAUGUAGUUGACUAUAAGCCAGAUGGGUUUGUUUGUCACUUGCUAAGCUUGUCAACUCUUUGUACCAUGUGAGCUCUAUAGUAACAUCGAGACCACGGUCUGUAACAGGAAUGGAAUAGUUCAGGUGUAGUUUUCUGAAAUUUGAAUAUACCCUCUGUCAUAGUCACGAAUUUCUUAUGUGAAGGCUUCAGCUCGAACUUUAAAUCAUUUGAUGUGUCCAGUCGUAGAAAACGUGAUCGUCACCGUUUAUCACAGCCUUUUUUUUUUUUUGCUUGGUGAAAAAACUGAAGAAUUGUGCCUUGCCUUUUGGAGGAAUCAGAGACCCUGUCAAUCAUAAAAGAUUUGGUCGAUGUGUUACCACAAGUAGAUAUAUAAUUUAGACUGUAGCAGAAAACCAUACGAUCAUGAUGAGUGCCACAGGGAAAGAUACCAAGAACUGUGGAGUUAACAUAGAGAAUAGGAACUUGACUGCUUCAGCCAUGAACUCGCCGCCAGUUACUCCUUCGAAAGCUUCAUCAUCGGGUAUAUCACAGAAUAAAACUGGAUCAACAUCAAGCGUACUUCCAGUACCGCAUUCAUUGAUGAGUCCUGUGGCUGUACCGACUCCAACACUAGAACAGACAAUCACACCUACAUUGCAGAAUGUUGUUUCCACAGUGAAUUUGUGCUGCCAGCUAGAUCUCAUGCAGAUAAAUUUUCGGACUCGAAAUUCUGAAUAUAAUCCGCAACGCUUCACAGGAAUAGUUAUGCGGAUUCGUGAGCCUCAUACAACAGCUCUAAUUUUCCGCUCAGGAAAAAUGGUUGUAACCGGUGCUAGAAAUGAGGCUGAUUCACGUCUUGCAGCACGUAAAUUUGCAAGAAUAAUUGAAAAAUUAGGCUUUAAAGUUUCCUUCAAAGAUUUCAAGGUUCAGAAUAUUGUGGCCACAUGUGACUUGAAGUUCCCAAUUCGGGUUGAAAAUUUGAAUCAGAUGCACGGCCAAUUUAGCAGCUAUGAACCUGAGCUGUUUCCUGGACUUGUGUAUCGAAUGGUGAGACCACGUGUUGUACUGCUCAUAUUUGUGAAUGGGAAAGUUGUCUUGACUGGUGCCAAAAGUCGACAAGAUCUUCAGGAUGCUAUGGAGAACAUUUAUCCUAUCCUCAGGAGUUUUAGAAAACAGUAGUUGUGGU